AUGUCUAAGCCAAAGAAUUGGCCAGAUGGCUUCCCGUAUCUCAAGGCGCCUCUUCAUGACAAGAGUCUCACGGCAACGCACAUACAAGCUCUUAGAAACAAACCCUCUGCUUCAAGUGGCAUUCCAGUCAUCCCAUCGCCGGCGACAACAACACCGUGCAGCCUGGUCAAGAUCCAGCCUAUAUCUGAGCCGUCACACCCAGCAAACGGCCAAAGCGGUCUCUUUGCGGCCCAGAAUCUCGCACCUGGUAGCUUCAUCCUCGCGUAUCUCGGCCGGGUGCACUCAGGCUCAGCAUCUUCAACAGAGAGCGACUACGACUUGUGGCUGGACCGAGAGCUUGACGCAGCUGUUGAUGCAGCGAAUGAGGGAAACGAAGGGCGUUUCGUGAACGACUUUAGAGGCGUGGGAGAGAGGGCGAAUGCGGAGUUUAGGACGGUCUGGUGCGAGCGAUGGGGAGAGUUUUGCGUGGGAGUUUGGGUGCUCGGAGGUGGCAAGAAGAAUAAGAAGAAGGGAGUAGGGAUCAAGAAGGGGGAAGAGAUUCUUGUCAGUUACGGUAAAGGCUUUUGGGGGGAGAGGAAAGCGGAGGAAGAGGAGUAUGCCUAUCGUGAUGAGGAAGACGAUGGGGAUACUUGGGCUGAAUCUUUCGUCUCAGAUACAAAGGCUGCGUAUAGGAGACCCCAAAGAGCAACACGUACCACCAGCGGAAUGGCCUUUCUCCUCAUGGCAGUCCAAUUCUACCUCUCCGCCAUCAUUACCCUCCUCGGCUGCCCCAUCGUUUUCAUUGCGUGGUUUCUUAUCGCUCAAACAGUAUCUACGGUGUACUUUUGCUACGUCCCCUUCAGGUACCCAAAGAGUGUCACACCGUCUGCGGAAGACGAAUGGUUCCUGGCUCAUCAAGAUGACUUGGAGCUGAGGAUUCUUUCGCACAAGAUGGGCCCUAAGGAAAGAAAACACAGAACCUCGACCCUAAAUAAUAAAAAGACUUAG